UCCGUUCGAUCGAGAGAAUGUAAUGGUUUCGAUGCAUGUUAGCAAUAGUCUUAUGAUCUGUGAACGAGUUAAGAGGUUUGCCGUUGAGAUUGUGUAUUGUCCAAAACAGAAUCAACCCAUUUCUUCUUGUGGCCAUAUUUCGAUUCUUGUGAUUGCACAAUAAUCGGAUUCUUUACAAACGAAUUUGGGCUUUUGUUUAGGCUUGUAGAAACAAUGUCAUUUGACAAAAUGGUUUGAAUUUUAUGCAAGUAAUAUAAAUCAUAUUUAUUAAACAUACAGACACAAGUUCAUCUGGUCGAACUGCAGUAAAAAAGGUUAACUUCCCUUGAUUAUUAUUGACCGCAAUGGGGAAAUUUCGCUAACAAACUCUAAUGAGAUGAGAUGUAUAAGUUAAUGUUGAGAAUAUAUGGGUUCUGGUUUGGGUUUGUCUUGUUUGGUCACGGGCAAUUCUUUUAUGAUCCUCACGUAUCAAAGAUAGGAAGAGGUAUCCACACAGACUCAGUUGAGAUUUCAGAAUUUCUGUUAUAAGUUGUAAAUUGUUCUGAAGUGAAUUAAGCUUUAACAUAAGAAAAAUGACAAUCUUCAGAAUUUGAAUAUUUAAAAUAAAUUGGGACGUAGAAAAAAAAGAAAAAUGGUUAUUCUUGGGAAUAGAAUUUGAGACAUAAGGUAAUAUAGGAUGCAUGAAUGCACACAAGGGUAUGAGCAUAACGAAUUCAGGCAAUAGGGGUUGGCCAAGAAUAGUUAGUUGAUGAUGGGAAUGAAUGGAGGAGAAACAAAUAAGUGAAUUUGUCCAAAGUGGGUGAAUAGUGAGAGAGAUAUAGAGCAAUGGUCUUCACCAGUUUCUCUUCCUUGCUAUUUAAUUAAUUAAUCAUUAUUUUAUAGAGCAAUUUAUCUGAAUAAGGCUGGGUAGCUACUACCGCCGUAUCGGCAUUCGUUGCGCCACCUGUUAUUCCAAUAACACAUACAUACAUCAUGCCUAUCACCAUACUUCCAUUCCAUUACCCAAGAGUCGGCUCUCUCUUCUUGAAUGCUGCGUAAUCAAUCCAAACAAACACAAAUCUCAUCGGUAGAAUAACAACAUUUCCUUUUCUCCGCUCAUUCUUAAUUUUUUGGCCUUCAGUAAUGGACAUCUCUUCUUCUUCUUCAUUCAAGAUAACCUUAAAAAUCCCGUAACUCAUCUAUAAGCAUGGAAGACCAGUUUGCAUAGGUAACGAACGAAGACGCGCUUCACCAGCAACACCCCCAUUUCAUCACAUUACAUCAUAUCACAGCCAACCCGCCAUGUCUGGACCCUCCCAAGUCACCGUCAAGAUCGACGGAGGCGAUCAGCCAGACACCAGCCCCCAUAGUGGCGCACGUAUUUGUCGGGAAUCAAGCCUAGAUUUCUGGAAAUCUGGUUCAAACCGCGCCAUGCAACAAACCGUAGUCGAUUUCCAAGAAGAUCCCCCGUCCAAGCUAAUAGGACAGUUCUUGAAUAAACAAAAGGCUGCCGGCGGGGAAUUGUGCCUGGACGUGGAUUUGGAAAUGGAUGAAUUGCGCGCAGAUUGUAGCACUGGCAGCCCCGCUCCCACUUUCCCCUCUUUGGAAAAACAAAGUUUUCCCAGGUCUAAGGAGCUGAAAAUUCCUCCAGAAGGUCAUAGUCCCGCUGCCGGUAAUGUGGUCGAUAUUCGUCCCGAUGAACAGGAAAACGAUGACUCCUCCUCUGAUGAGGAUGAUAACCGAACCUUCAGGAGGCGAUCUUCGAACAUGACCAAUACUGUGGAUUUGCAGAACAUUGCUGGUGGCAACAGUGGUCAGGUAUUGAGAUGCACCUCAAUCCAGAGAAGGGUCAGUGGUUUAGGCAGGAUGAAAACUAAGUCUCGGUUGAUUGACCCUCCUGACGUUCCGGAUAGGAGAUCCGAGCAGAUUAUAAAGUCCGGGCAAAUACGAUCUGGGGUGCUAGGGAGGGUCUCUGGGAUGUUAGGGAAGCCGCCGGAGGAAGAAGAGGAUGACCCAUUGUUCAACGAGGAUCUUCCGGAUGAGUAUACGAGGAAUAGUUUUGAUGCAUUGACUAUUGCACAAUGGAUUAGUCUUGUUUUGAUCGUAACAGCUUUGGUGACUACUCUUGCUCUUCCCAAGUUGAAGAAGAAAAAGCUUAGGGGACUGAGGUUGUGGAAGUGGGAGGUUUUGGUUCUAGUUUUGAUUUGUGGGAGACUGGUUUCUGGUUGGGGUAUAAGGAUUGUUGUUUUCUGCAUUGAGAGGAACUUUUUUAUGAGGAAAAGGGUUUUGUAUUUCGUUUAUGGAAUAAGAAAAGCAGUUCAGAAUUGUAUUUGGUUGGGACUAGUUUUGACUGCUUGGCACUAUAUGUUUGAUAAGGCGGUUGAGACUGAGCGGAGCAAUGAGUUUCUAACGACCAUGAACAAGGUCAUGGUGUGCAUGCUGGUGGGAACAUUGCUUUGGUUAGUGAAGACCCUUAUGGUUAAAGUUCUUGCUUCUUCAUUUCAUGUCAGCACUUUCUUUGAUCGUAUUCAGGAGUCAUUGUAUAAUCAAUAUGUGAUCGAGACGCUAUCAGGGCCACCAUUGGUUGAGAUAAGGAACCAUCAGGAGGAGGAGGACCGGACAAUGGCCGAGAUUUGGAGGCUUCAGAAUGCAGGGGCCACUUUGCCUCCUGAGCUGAAGAACCCCAAUUUUCAGCCGACAAAGAGUGGGAAGAGGUCAAGCAAUGCAGGCGGAGGAUUGCCCCCAAGACCAAGUAAAGGAAUCAGUUUCAGAAUGUCUUCACAGAUUAGUAAAAAUCAAGAUGAACAGGGUAUACCAAUUGACAAGUUGCACAAAUUAAAUCAUAAGAACGUUUCUGCCUGGAACAUGAAGAGAUUGAUGAAGAUUGUCAAGAAUGGAGUUCUGACCACCCUCGAUGAACGCGUGCUGGAUAGCUCACAAGAAGACGAGUCAUUGACCCAAAUCAGGAGUGAAUAUGAGGCCAUAGCUGCAGCCAGGAAGAUUUUUCGGAAUGUGGCCAAGCCUAGAGCGAAGUUGAUCUACCUCGAGGAUUUGAUGCGUUUCCUACAAGAAGAAGAGGCUUUGAAAACCUUGCAGCUUGUAGAAGGAUCAGCUGAAAGUGAAAAAAUCAGCAAAGCAUCUCUGAAAAAUUGGGUGGUCAAUGCCUUUGUAGAACGAAGAGCUCUUGCCUUGACACUAAACGACACCAAAACGGCAGUUAAGAAACUUCAUCAGAUGGUAAACGUCAUAGUUGGUGCCGUCAUACUGCUCAUUUGGCUGGUGAUUCUGGAAAUUGCAACGAGCAAGUUUCUGCUCUACAUCAGCUCCCAGGUUGUGGUUUUCGCUUUCUUAUUUGGAAACACCUGCAGGACAAUAUUCGAAGCUAUCAUAUUUGUAUUUGUAAUGCAUCCUUUCGAUGUGGGGGAUCGAUGUGAGGUUGAUGAUGUCCAGAUGAUUGUUGAAGAAAUGAACAUCUUGACCACUGUCUUUUUGAGAUUCGACAAUCAGAAGAUAAUAUAUCCAAACGUAACUCUUGCCACAAGGCCCAUCAAUAAUUACUAUCGCAGUCCUGAUAUGGGUGAUGCGGUUGAUUUUGCAGUUCAUAUGGCUACACCAGCAGAGAAGAUUGCUGUCAUGAAGCAAAAAAUAAUAAGUUACAUUGAAAACAGGAGCGACUACUGGUACCCCGCACCCACAAUCGUGCUAAUGAAUUUGGAAAAUUUACAAAUAUUGAAAAUGUCGGUAUGGCUGAGACACCGGAUGAAUCACCAGAACAUGGGAGAGAGGUGGAAAAGGAGAGCUGUCUUGGUGGAAGAGAUGGUUAAAAUUUUCAAAGAGCUGGACAUAGAGUACCGUCUUUAUCCCCUUGACAUUAAUAUUCGUGAAAUGCCACCUCUCAACUCCAGCAGGAUGCCUCCAUCAUGGGCUUCCCCUCCAUGCAACUGAAUAACACCAACUUUUCUGGCUUGGAAUAUGCAUCAUUAAUCUUUGUCAUUGGAACAUAUACAUAUCAUAUAUAGCAAGUGUAGAACGGCUAGAUGAAAACAUUUUUCAUCUGUUUCUGUCUUGAGUAGAUAUACUUUAUGAUUUACAUUCUUGUUUCUGUAUGUUUCUUUGUUUGGUAAUCUUUUAGGACUGGAAACAUCAUUUUUGGAGAGUAUAUUAGAAAGUUAUGCAGCGUCUCUUCUCCCUUUGCA